AUGCGUCUCUCCAGUCUGUUCCUUACCGUCCUCCUCUCCCAGGGCGAGGCAGCCCUGCAGCGAGUCACGAACUUCGGCUCCAACCCAACCGGCCUGACCAUGGAUAUCUCUGUCCCUGCGAAUCUGGUCGCCUCUCCUGCCAUCAUCCUUGCCCUCCACCCCUGUGGUGGCUCUGGCCCAGGCUACGCCAACCAAGCCAACUACAUCACACCCUCUGACUCAAAGCGUACCUUUGUUGUCAUCUACCCGUCUUCAACUAAAGACUUCAAUUGCUGGGACGUUGCCAGCUCAGCCACCCUUAGACAUGACGGCGGUGGUGACUCCACUGGUCUGGCUAAUAUGGUCCGCUACGCGAUUACACGAUACAAUGCCAACCCCCAACGCGUUUUUGUAACGGGUAGCUCAUCAGGCUGCAUGAUGACCAACGUACUUUCUGCUACAUACCCUGAUAUGUUUGCAGCAGCAACGUGUUAUUCAGGUGUUGCAGCAGGAUGCUUGGCAGGGUCACCGGGCUCAAGCCCUAUUAGCGCUGAUCCGAGGUGCGCCAAUGGUCAAAUCAACAAGUCUGGUGCGCAAUGGGCUGCGCAGGUGCGUGACAUGUACCCUGGUUACUCUGGGAGUUACCCGCGGUUCCAGACGUACCAUGGCACAGCAGAUUCACUCGUUAGGUACCCCAACCUUGCCGAGCAGCUCAAAGAGUGGUCUGCUAUCCAUGGUGUGAGCUUCACCAGGAACAACACACUUGCGGCCGGCUACACGCAGAUGAUCUACGGCGACGGUACUAAACUUGUGGGCAUCUCUGCGCAAGGGGUUGGGCAUACUGUACCCGUCCAGAGGGACGAAGACCUGAAGUGGUUUGGCUUGUAG